UCAAAGGCAAAGGCACAUUAAUUGCAGUCAAAUCGUCGUGGCUUAAAAACAGCAGCAAAGUCGUAUUGAAUCUGCUUCGACCUGACGUCACCUGAUCCAAUUUUGUUAGAUAUCUUUCGAAUUUCAUAAAAUUUGCUCUAAAAUGCAAGUGAAUUCGAUCAAAAGAGGUGCUCUAAUCGUGUUUGAAGGAUGCGAUCGCGUUGGCAAAACGACGCAAAGCAAAUUGCUGGUCAAAGCAUUGACUGAACUCAACAUCCCAGCCCAGCACUUACCUUUUCCAGAGAGGAGCACAAGAAUCGGCAGCGUGUUAAACGACUAUCUUGCCAACAAGGAAGAUGUAAAUGACAAAGCCGUUCACCUGCUCUUUUCUGGAAAUCGAUGGGAACUCGAGUCGAGGAUGCGAAAAUUGCUGAACUAUGGUACCACGCUCAUUGUAGACAGAUACGCCUUCUCGGGAGUAGCUUACUCUGCUGCCAAAGAUGGAAUGAGUUUAGACUGGUGCCGACAAGCUGACGUUGGUUUGCCGAAGCCAGACGUUGUCUUUUUACUCCACAUGGGCCGCGACAGCUUGAACCAAAGACCAGGGUUUGGGGAAGAAAGAUAUGAGAACCACGCUUUCUUGAGCAAAGUGUGGGAAAACUACCAAGCACUGAAAGACCAAACAUUUAAGGAAAUCAAUGCUGAUAAAACCGUGGAUGAUCUUCACCAGAUAUUGCUGGAAGAAGCGGUCAAAACUGUAAAUGAAGUCACAGAUAAGCCCAUAGAGAAAUUGUGGGUGUAAUCCAAAUGUAAACAUAAUUUGUCUGACAAUCUGUGCUUUAGCACAGGAGCUUUUAGAGACAGCUAUAUAAGCAAAUUCUAUUUUUUUAAUCAAUAUAAACUGCUUUCUUAAUUGUCAUAAUACCAAGGCCUUUUGAAGUUACUCAUUCAAUGUGACAUUGCGUUUUACGUAAAUUUUGGAACUGGUAGAAGAAUUCUUUUAUUAAGUGUAACAAGUCUCGUGAGUCUCUUUAUUUUUAACUUGAUAGUGAUAUAAGUAGUGUUUGUGGUUUUAAAUUAUUUUAAAUCACCUUCUGCCACAAAAGUUAAGGUCUAAAUUUUUCACAUCACAAUAAACUGCAGGGGUGUGUAGUGAAAUUUGCCUUUUUCAAGCUUCAUUACCAAUCGCAGAAAGAAUUUUCUCCAAGAAAAUAUAAAAGUAUUUUAGGUGCAAUAAUAAUAAUGUACCAAUAAGACGUGGUUAUUCAUU